UUAAAAGUAGUAUACGCAUAUAGUACAUAAUACAUCACUUGUAUCUUUUUAAAUUUAAACCUUCCAAAUAAACAUUUUAUACAAUACGGCAAUUUUCUUAGUUUUCCUUAAAAAUCCGGCAAUUUUAGAAUUAGAAUACGGCAACCCUAAAUUUGUCAGGAACAACACUGCCCCGUCUAAUCAAAAUGUCAAAACUAUUUGUCAUCCAUCCAUGUCCAUCCGUUCAUUGUGUACCUACCUACUUUAUCAAUUCGAUCUAAUUUGCUUGUUCUAAUCGUUACAUUGAUGUAAUAGUCGCCCAGUGAUAACUAAACUCCAAAAUGGUGAAUCCUAGUGACCUCAGAGCUGCUUUUGAAGCAAAAUUGAAGGAGGGAAUACCGACUCCUCCCGGGGAGUUUCACCCUUUGGACUUGGAACGUAUUAAAGACGAUAAAUACCUGAACAGGAUAUUGGUACAGCAAGAGAAUGACCUCAAAAUGUCAGUCGAUAUGUUGUGGAACAUCCUGGUUUGGAGAAAAACGGUCAACGCCAACGAAUUGAACGAAAGUUCGAUCAGAAUGGACUAUGUUAAAGAGGGAUUGCUCUUUCCACAUGGGAGAGACAUUGAUGGGUGUCUGCUGUUGAUAAUUAAGCUGAAAAUGCAUGUCAAAGGCCAGAAAGACUAUGAUGAGAUCAAAAAAGUGCUAAUUUAUUGGCUUGAUAGGAUAGAAAGAGAGGAAAAUGGGAAAAGAGUGACCUUGUUUUUUGAUAUGGAUGGUUGUGGUCUCAGUAAUAUGGAUAUGGAGUUAAUAAAAUACAUGAUCAGCCUUUUCAAGCUUUACUAUCCUUUGUUUCUAAAUUAUAUUGUCGUUUUCCAAAUGCCGUGGGUCUUGAAUGCUGCGUUUAAAAUUGUGAAGUCUUUGCUGCCUCCGAAGGCUGUGGAAAUCAUGAAAUUCUGUAAUAAAGAUACUUUGAAAGACAUUGUGCCGCCUGAACAAGCGUUAGUCAGUUGGGGCGGCAAAGAUAAUUAUACGUUUGAGUUCGUCUCUGAGAAUCGGUCAGGGUCAGAGCAUACACCGAAGAAAGUCACCUUUGCCGAGCAAGGGGACAGUCAGCAUUCUCUCGGAGAAAUGUUAAGGCUCUCUCCGAACGAUACAAUUUUAUUCAAGAGUGACAACGAAGAGAUGUCAGGCCAGUUCGUAAUCACCAAUAUGGAUGAAAGCGCUAUAUCGUUUAAAAUCAGAACAACGUCUCCUGAAAAGUUCCGUGUACGACCCAGCUCUGGUACAUUGCCUAGCGGUGCAUCCCAAACUGUAUUAAUCGUUGUACAACCCGGCUUCCAUCUGCGUACAGUAACUAAAGACAGAUUCUUAGUAAUGUCAGUACAGAUACCCAAAACUGAUCUUUCACCAAAGGAACUAAGCGACGUGUGGCAAAACUCGACUGGUAGCAAGGUAGAUGAGUACCGUCUCAAAUGUCAGUUCCCUGAGAAAGAAAUUGCUAAAAAUGGCAAUAUCAGCGAUGGAAAAAUGCACGAAAAGCAAGAUUCAGUGACGAACGCACUAAACAACUUGCAGCAAAACUACGAAAUACUCCAUCGUGAUAUGAGGAAGUUGAAGACGAUGCAAUUUUUGACCUUAUUCAUGACUGUAGCAGCGCUCAUUUUGGGUUACCUCGUCUACAAGAAUACAAGUGAGAAUGGUAGAUAUUGCGAGCGAAUCUAGCCUUUAAGUUUAGUGGUUUUUGAAACCACUUUCGACGUUGAAGUGUUGUGGAACGGUGUGUUGUUUAGCGUACUCACUGUUAACACAGUAAUGUUUGUAAUAUACUGUCAAUUACUGCGUAAAGUGGAAGUCUUGCACAUAAUUCAGUAGGGGUUUAGACGUAUUCAAGUUAGGUGGUAUUAUGUUUGUGUUUAGCAUCACAUUAUUUCCUUUUUGUACUAUUUAUACGAUAGAUUAUAGGGCUAUCGCUUAAUACUGUCAGUGCCUGAGGGUGAUUUUGUGACGGUCAAACGUCAGCGAGCCUUCAGAUUUAUAUGCUCUGUUAUGUCAAUGUCAAUGUCACCUCUUCUGUGUCGGUCCCAUACCUCAGGUACUAACUGAGUCAAACCCUAGACCUUUAGGAUAUGAACCAUGUCAUAGGUUAGAAAUACUACAACAGCCUUUUUAUAUGUAUUAGAGGAUAUCAAUAAUCAUUGUGAGGGAAAAAUAGUUAGGCACUACUCUUAUGUACAAAAUAUUAUCAUGUAUAAAGCUUAUUAAUAUACUAUGUGAUUAAAAUUUACUAUAAAACAUUCCAUGUAAUGCAUGAUAUUUAAAAGAAUAAUGUAUAAACAUUAAAUUAACAAAUUUAAUUAUAGAACUAAUAUAUUUCGGCUUUUAUCGUUAGAUCUUUCUGGAAAAGAUGUAAAUUGUUAUUUAUAUUGUUGAAAAUAAAGUUACAGAUGCUUUUAAUAUAAUUUAUUAAGUUGUCUCUCUAUUUUAUGUAUUUAUACCUAAGAUUAUAAUAAUGAAUGUCAAGAUACGGACUUUACGAUUUUGUUUAAAAAACUUAAAAACUAUACAAAAUUGGGGCAUCACUAUGUUCUGAAGAAGGAAUUAGAAUUCAUUGUCAUCAUCAUUUCAGCCACAGGACGUCCACUGCUAAACAUAGGACUCCCCCAAUUAUUUCCAUGGCCAGUUGGUAGCAGCCUGCUUCCAGCGUCUUCCUGCCCUGCUAGACAAGUGGCAAAACAUAACACUUGUAAUUUUAAAAUCCCUUUACGAUCACGAAGCGAAAUAACUACAAUCUACAUAGGAAAUACCCACAAGGUGGACCGACGAACUUAUAAAGAUAGCCGGAAGGCGCUGGAUGCAGGCCGCCGCCAACCGGCCAUUGUGGAAAUCAUUGGGAGAGGCCUAUGUUCAGCAGUGGACGUCCUAUGGCUGAAAUGAUGAUGAUGACAUAGGAACCUUCAAGGAUCAGCUCUACAAUGUACGAAAUAGCACAAGGUCCAAAAGCACAAUAUUUAAUUUACAUGCGAAUCUAUUUUGAUGAUCAUGAUCAGCAAAUAAAAAAUAGUAGUGUACUUAUUCCUAAGAAUAUUUUUUCAUUGACAAUCAAGACAAAAAUAAAAAGUUAGUGUAGUUUUUAUAGGCAUUUCAAAGUUCAUUUUUAAUCGUGUCCAAGAUUCAAGGUCUUUAUUAUUCUGUUCUAAUUGUAAACGCAAAAGUAACUGUCUUUUGGAUUUUGAGAAGAACCUACAAUACCUACAAUAUUUCGCAUUAGGGAGGCUAUCUUUUGUCCCAAAAAUAAUAUUUAAGGAGUGUUUUAGAACAACGCUAAAAAGAACAUUCAAAAUCAGCUUGAGUCCUUGCAUAUUACAGAUUUUUUGUCGACCGAUAGUUUAAAAUGUUUAAUGUUGACUGGCGGAGAAUGCUUUUGGCGUUAAGUCCGUUCUUUGUACAAUGUAUUAUCAUCAAAAUCAUCGGGUUUAUAACGCACAUAAAUAGUGAUUUGGUAUCGUCAGAUUUCUCAUUCAUACUAUCAAUACUUUCUUCAUAAGUAUUAUUACGAAUAGGUAAAGACCAAACUAUCGGCCGAUAAAGUCUAGUCUGCGGGGACUCUCAUAGAUUCUGUCCUGUGACUGUUGUCAAUAUUGAAGCAACCUUAAUUUUUAACCGACUUCAAAAAAAAGGAGGAGUUUCUCAAUUCGAGUGUUUUUUAGAGUUCUAAAAUUUUAUUAAUUGUUGAGCGCAUGGAUUCAUAAGACUAUACGAUACGACGAGAUAACGAACUAAAUUAUGUAAUUUAAGUAUGUAUGUAAAUUAUGUAAUCAAAUUCAAGCUUAAAUUGAGACAUUUUAUUGGUUUAAUUUCAAUAUUUAAUACCAAUACCAAUCACAACAGAAUCGAAUGUGACUUGAUUGAAUCAGGUUUUGUGUGUUGUUUUAUAAUGUUUAGAAGACCCAAGAAUAAUGUUUAUUUAUCAAAGGUUAAGUAUGUGUUAAUUAAAUGAUAUGAUUAGAUAUAAAUUGUAUCACUCGGCGUGGCCUAUUUAUAAAGGUGAUUAAAUUAUUUGGUGAUAGUAAAGAUUAAUGUUCUUGUUUUUAUCAUAAUCAUACAUAUCUUUAUGUUUAGUUGCUUGCCUAUUUUAUGAAAAUAAUGUAUCAAUUUUUGUAUUGCAAAUUAGCACUUAUAUUGCUUAUGAUA